GCAACAUCUGGAGGGUUAUGCGCCGCGAGCCUCACUCACCACCAUGUCCCAAUCAUUGCGCCCCUACCUCCAAUGCGUGCGCUCCACCCUAACCUCCGCACUCAGCCUCUCGAACUUCUCGUCGCAGGCCUCGGAACGUCACAAUGUCCCAGAAAUUGAGGCGAAGACCUCACCCGAAGUGCUGCUGAAUCCUCUCACUAUUUCCCGGAAUGAGAACGAGCGGGUCUUGAUUGAGCCUAGCAUAAACAGUGUCCGGAUCAGCAUCAAGAUCAAGCAAGCGGACGAGAUCGAGAAUAUCCUUGUGCACAAGUUCACAAGAUUUUUGACACAGAGAGCAGAGGCUUUCUUUAUUUUACGGAGGAAGCCGGUUAAGGGGUACGAUAUCUCGUUCCUGGUGACGAACUUCCAUACCGAGGAGAUGUUGAAGCACAAACUGGUGGAUUUCAUCAUUCAAUUCAUGGAAGAGGUGGAUAAGGAAAUUUCAGAAAUGAAACUCUUCCUGAAUGCACGAGCAAGAUUUGUGGCGGAGUCCUUCUUGACGCCUUUCGAUUAACGAAGAAUCGAUUCAGGCGGGUUCUGAAUGGUACCGAGGAGAGGGAAUAUUCGUGGCAGUGCUGACUCGCAGGAGACCAUCUCGGCGUUUAGGGGAAAAGAACAAGUUCAUGAUAUCAAGAUCAAUUUCGAUACGCUGGCC